GUGGUCGUUGAUCGUGGACGAGGUGCUUAUAUCGUUAUACACUCUGAGGGCAAGUUACCAACUUGAAGAUGAUUGUAGCCAUAGCGUUAGUCCUGGUCACAUUCCACCUAAGCGACGCUCAAUUAAACAUUGGCACAGCUGGAAAUGUCUUAAAAAAUACGGAACAUGCGGUCGAAAACACGGGAAAUACCACCGAAGAGACGGCAAAUGAAGAAUUAGGUAGAACCCUACGGCCGUUCGACCCCGCUAGCUUGAAAUUUUCCUACUGGAAUCACAAUCUUGGAAACAAAAAACCCACCGUAUUUACGAUAGGCCAAGAGGAGAAUUUACUCAAGGAUUGGAUACCGGAAGAAGAUCUGAAAGUCGUGAUACACGGUUGGCUUGCAACGAGUCAAGACAUUAAUGGAGUAUUUGCGAUUAAAACGGCGUACCUGAAUGUUACCAAGUUUAACGUUAUAUGUAUGGACUGGAGCGCAAUUAGCAGCAAUCGCUUUUAUCUAAUACCGGCUUUAUCGACGAAGAAAGUGGGCACUUACAUGGCUGAAAUGCUGAAGAACCUGGUUAACCUGGUUAACAAGGGGGGCAGCACUCUCAAAUCGGACAACAUCCACUUGAUUGGCCACAGUCUAGGCGCCCACAUUGCUGGAGCUUGCGGCGCUGCUUUCACUUCGGGCAAAAUCGGCCGAAUAACAGGUUUAGAUCCCGCAGGGCCCGGUUUCGAAUACAUCAUCAUAGUAGACCAUCAGUUGGACAAAACCGACGCCCUUUUUGUGGAUAUUAUUCACACGGCAGCAGGAGGGUUGGGGUAUUCCUCAUCCUUGGGGCACGUGGACUUCUUCCCAAACAAAGGAAGUCGUCCUCAGCCGGGUUGUUACGAUGGAUUGAAUCUGGUUAAAUUUGCACACGCCGCGGGAUGUAGUCACACUAGAGCAUACGAAUUGUAUACCGACUCUGUAUAUCACAUGGAGUCUAUGGUAGCCACAGUGUGUUCAUCGUGGUCCAGUUACGAAAGAGGUGAAUGCAAAAACAAUUCGGAAACGUAUAUGGGACACUACGCGUCACCGAGUGUGAAUGGUAAUUUCUAUUUGCGUACCACAAGCUCUCCUCCAUAUGGGUUAAACCAGAGUGCUGACACAACAACACUUCAAUCGACACGAAAGAACGUUUAACUUUUAAGAUACAUAAUAUAUAUUUAAUCCAAUUAUAAUCGCCAAUGGCCAAUUUUCCAUUAAUCUUAAGUUAUUUUUAUUGAACGGGACUAUCUAACAAUAAUAUUAUAAUGUGUGUUAGUAGGUAUGUUAUAGUUAUUAAUACUAUUUAAGUACUUACAUAAUAUUACGGUUACCUAUUGAGAUAGUUUCA